AUCCAGCCUAGAAGGGAGGAAGGAAACGAAGGAGGAAACGAAGAUAGACCGACAAAAGGAGGUGACUGUUGGUGUCUGAUGGUCGCGGGAUGGGCUUUAUCGCUGCUGCCGACAGAUACAUUACUGACUCCAUACCAUAGGACACGAGUUAGACUGAGAGAGACUGUUAGACUGUUAUAAACAUGUAUCUGCUGCUGUCUAAAACAAGAAGCCACGUUUUUUCUUCUGGUUGUUAAAAACUUGUUGUCAGUUUGAGAAGCGCUGAGAGGAAUGGUGAAGAAGGAAAAGUCACAGUCUUACCGAGAGUUUAAUGAUGACGAGGACGAGGACCAAGAGGACAAUGCUCAGACGGCAGACCUUUCUGACAACGAAGGAGACGAGGAGCAGGAGGUGCCGAACGGCAGCAUCUCACAAGAGGAUUAUGUGAGGGAGAGCAGUCCUUCACUGAGGUUCAGUAAAACCUGCCUGAAGAACUUCUUCACAGUGGUUCUCAUCUUCAUCUACCUCGUCCUGACGGCAGUGGCAGGGUUCCUGGUCUACCAGACCAUCUCUGACUUUUUGGACAAAGUCAACCACCCCGUCAUGUCUGUCACCUACAAAGAAGUGGACCUGUUUUCUCCUGCAGGCAUUGCUCUGUAUCUGGGUGGAGCUCAGCUGCUGAACUGCCGACACCACUUCCACCAUGACAUCCCACCUUUAGUAGAUCCAGGCAAGCCUCAGGAAGGAGACUGUAUGAUCCAGCAAGUGACUUACUAUGGACCGUUCACUAAUCAAACAGAGACCCAAGCUUUGGUGGUCCGUGGUCCUGCUGAUGUCAGAAACAAAGAGCUGAUCUUCAUGCAGUUCAGUCGCAACACAACACAAGAGGACUUCAGCGGCAUCACCUACAUGCUUUUCGCUAAGUUUAGUGACUUGAUUGAGAGCGAAAAUCAGUCAAACUUCAUGAGAGAGUGUGAGAGGAACUACUCCAAAUGGACCUUCUCUGGAGGAUUCAGAACCUGGGUCAAGAUGUCCCUGGUGAGGACUUCGGGGAAAAGUGCCGAAGCUGUUGAGUUUCGACAAGAGUCUACUCUGGUGAAGUUCAACGACAAAAGACCUGCGUCGGAGCAAAGCGAUGAGCUCUUCUUUGCUGUUUUUGAAUGGAGAGAUCCGUUCAUGCAAGAGAUCAGACUGAUUGUAACAGCGAAUCCCUGGAACUCUGUGGCCAUCCUCUGUGGCGUCUUCAUGGCUUUCUUCAAGGCAGCUGAUUUUGCCAAACUCAGCAUAAAGUGGAUCAUAAAGAUGCGUAAGAGGCAUCAGAAGAAUAAAACACGAGAACUGAACCAAAUCAGUGGUUUGCAGUGAAAACCUCUCAGAUUAUGAAAGGAGUUGAGCUGAGGUUUGAGAAUCCAGUAGUCAGCCCUGUCAUUCUCCUUAUUCAAUAGGUCAGUUCCUGUGGUUAAAUGCUAAGGGAUAACUGGUUAAUUUUAUUGUUGAAGAUCUGGUCUUUAACAGUUGUUUUAAUGUUCCUACUGAUAUUAACUGCUAGAACAAGUGUUUUGUAUUCCAGAGAACUGUUAGAAAAUUCACUGGACUUUUAGUUCUUGCAUUUCAAAAUUCAGUAUGAUGGAAAUGAGUAGUAAAGUAAGUUUGUAUGAGGCCUACAUCAGAAAAAAUGUGACCUUUUGUGGAAUGUUUUUUAACUCAAUUUUAUGCAAAGGGAAUUUUUGUGUCUGUUUACUCUAGUGUCCAAGUUUUUCACCUGCUGAAUAAGCAGAAAAUGUAGCAAACCACAAACCAGUUAUCACUGUCUGACAUUUGUCGUUAGAGUUUUUCACUGUAGAAACGAAUAUGUUCUAUAUAUGUUUUUUAUUUUGGCUGAUUUUAACACAGACUUUUCCUUUUCUUGUUACUUUUUCCACAUUAGGUUUAAGAAUGAUUUGGAAAAUAAAAAAAAGAGAUUUUUCCUUA